UGAUUGAUAUGUCUCAAUGAACACUAAUUGAAAAAGAAUUACAUUUCAUAAUACUACUGUAAUCAGUUAGUAGCACAAACACACUUGACCUAAGAUUGAUAGCAUGGGUUCAUCACAUAUCACUAUACAGUUCAUUAGUCUAGUUAAUUGAUAACAUUGUAUUAUUCGGGGGAGCAUCUAGGAGAGGGAAAUAGCCUACCGUAUCUAUUUAUUAUAAAUUGCACAUACAAAUUGUAGUUUAUGGUGUGGGCAGUGAUUCAUUCAUUUUCGAACUUAACAGAAUCCAAUAAUUUCAUAGGUACAUAAAUUAAUCAUCUACUCAAUAGCAGAAAUGGGAACAAUAAGCCUCUCCUUCUUUGUUGGAGUUUUAUCUCUUCUAGUAUGCACAGCCACAGCCCAAGGUGGAAAUGCUGUGACACUCACUCUGUUCUAUGAGGCAAACUGUCCAUUUUGCAUGGGAUUUGUCACACAACAGAUUCAACCUACAUUUGACAAAAUUGGAAAAUACAUGAAAGUUGAUCUAGUACCCUAUGGAAAUGGAAGGCACAAAGUUUCGAAUGGUACCUACACAUUCACCUGUCAGCACGGCCCUGAUGAAUGCAGAUACAACAAAAUUCAUUCUUGCGCUUUGAAGUACAUAACUGAUCAAAAUCAAGUGGUAGACUUCAUCUCAUGCUUGAUGGUUUUAAAAAAUGAGGACAAAGUUUUGAAUGAGUGCGCAAAGAAGUCGAAUGUUGACCUAGCAAAGAUCAACUCAUGCUCCAGCUCACAUGAGGGUGAUGCGCUGUUGGCUGCCAAUGGCGAUAGAACACACAGCUUCAAGCCAAAAGUGACAUGGGUACCGACAAUAGUCUUCAAUGAUAAAUAUGACGAUGAUGAUCAACAGCUAGCUGAAACGAACCUUUUGGAAGCCAUCUGCAAGAAACUUGAGCCAAAACCGAAUGAAUGUGACAUGAAGAUUUCAGUGAUCCAUAUUUGAUUGAAUAAAUGUAUCAAAGUGCUGUAUGAUUUGUAAAUAAAGAAUGAAUGUUGAAUCAA